AUGAGCACCGGUACCAUGUACCUGUCCUCGUGGAAAUGGUCCACCAGCGCGAGCAGUUGCAAGGACAAUAAUCGCGCUUCGCUCGUGCUCGCCUGGCAAUUGUUCCUGGUACUCGUCGUGUCCUGGACGUCGGCGCACAACGAUCCAGCCACAGACUUACCAAGAUUCGGCAAGCCUUUGAACAACCUGACGGUUUCCGUGGGCCGUGAAGCCGUCUUUGCUUGCAUCGUCGAGAAUCUAGGCCCUUAUAAGGUUGCAUGGCUGCGGGUCGAUACGCAAACGAUCCUGACAAUUUCGAACCACGUGAUAACGAAAAACCACAGGAUCGCCGUGACGCACAGCGGCCACCGCGCCUGGUCGCUUCACAUACGAGACACACGCGAGGCCGACCGAGGCUGGUACAUGUGCCAAGUCAAUACCGACCCCAUGUCGAGCAUUACAGGAUUUCUCGAGGUCGUUGUGCCGCCGGACAUCCUGGACUAUCCUACGAGUACGGACAUGAUCGUGAGCGAGAACAGUAACGUAACGCUACGGUGCGCUGCAACCGGCACACCUGAACCGACGGUAACUUGGCGCCGAGAGGCUGGCGGGACUAUCACAACUUCGAAUGGCCAGGAAGUGCCGAGCAUCGAAGGUCCAGAGCUGGAAAUAACACGUGUCAAUCGACUGCACAUGGGAGCCUAUCUGUGCAUCGCGUCGAACGGCAUACCGCCAUCAGUCAGCAAGCGAAUCGUCCUCAUUGUUCAUUUUCCACCAAUGAUUAGGGUGGAGAAUCAAUUGUUUGGGGCUUAUGAAGGACAAACACUCGUGCUCGAGUGCCACAGCGAAGGCUAUCCAAGGCCAAUUAUGUACUGGACCAAGCCCAAUAACGAAACAGUCACGAACGAUGGAUUCUACAAAGUCGAGACGUCCGUAUCGGGCUAUGAAACCCUCAUGAAACUGAGCAUUAGGUCUGUGCGACCUCAAGAUUACGGGCCUUUCUUUUGUUUGGCUGAAAAUUCUCUGGGACGGACGGAUGGGAAAAUUAAAGUUUAUCAGAUACAACAAUCGUCGGCGGCGCGCAACAACAAAGCCAGUACAAGGCGGGAUUCAAAAAAGAACUGGUCCGAGCGCUCCAGCAAUCAAUACGAGAAGGUGCCCGACGGCUCGCUGUCUUACAGCGAGCUCAACGACGACGGUGAGGAGGAGGAUGGCUACUCGUCGUCGUCGAACAUCAGCGAUUCCUGUUUGCUGGUCAUCAGUGCGAUCUGCCUCGCGAUGAUGAAUUUAAUACGACGAUUGGCCUGUCCAACGUAGGAAAAUGGCCCGCAAGUACAUGUACAUAUUGAUAGCGGCUGUGUAUAUAGCAAGCAUAACAUACGAAACCAUCAAGCGGCAAACCUCCGACUUCCAAUCAAACUUUGUGAAGAGAUUUGCGGUUGAAAUUCUAUUUGUGCGCGAGAAGGGUACAUUGGGCAUAUAUAGUGUGAGGGUGUGUGCGUGUGUGUACAAUGUACAUGCGGUGGUAAUG